GGUCUUUAGUCGUUUCGCACCACAAGCGAUUCGAACCGCGGUGCGAAUUGCCCCAAAGCCCUUUUUGAAUAGGAUCUUUCGCACCGCGGUGCGAAUCGCCCAAAUAUUUAUUUGAAUGAGUCAAUUCGGACCGUAGUGAAACAAAACAGUUUUCUUGUUGGAUUGGUGAAUUCGGACAAAAAUACUGUAGUUUCAUUAAACAUCUUACGUAGGUUGUACAGCCAGUCACAAAAUAACAGGACAACCAAAAUAAUUCUUCAGAUACCAAUUAAUAUCACAAGCCCACCAAGUAUUUUUUUUUCUAUUAGAACAACGCCGCCGCCUCAAAUAGACGCAAAAAGGUACACGCCUAUAAACACACAUACAUUCCAAAAAUUUAAGUAUUAAAAAUUUUAAUUUUUAAUACUGCACGAGACUGCCCAUAACCAUCCACCUAGAGGAGAUGCAGAGAUAGAAAUAGACCAACAUCUGCAUUUAUGUACUGAAGCACUGCAAAAAGACUUAAAGAAGCCAGUUACGCAAAUUUUCCGGCAUGCAGAAGAAAAUCUUGUCAAUUAGGGAAUAGAUUUAAUGACUCCAUUACCUAAAUUUGAUAAUAUCAAGAAAAAACUUUACAAAAUCAGAAACAAGUCGCAAGGUGCUAAAAAACUUAUUUUUCAUGAAGCCUGUGAUCUUAAAGUACCAAAAAUGUAUGAUAAAUUAUUGUUUGCAGAAUAUAACGACAAAAAUAAGCGAAUCCUUGUUUUUGCAAAAAAAGAAAUGAUUAAGUAUUUGAAAGAAUCGACAAGAUUUCUUGUCGACGGUACAUUCAAAAUUUGCCCGAAGUGUUUCUGUCAAGUGUACACAAUCCAUGCAGAUAUUGGCAGUAAUAAAGAAUAUGUAAAUGUGGUUCCUGUGCUUUAUGCUUUGCUCCCUGACAAAACAAGGGCAACAUAUGAAAUUUUAUUUGAAAUGAUUAAAAGUCAAGUCAAAGACUGGCAGCCUACGCAAAUUUCAAUGGACUUUGAAGUGACUGCGAUUUCGGCCAUAAAAGAUUUCUUUCCAGAAGUGAAAAUAGUUGGGUGUUAUUUUCACUACAGUCGGAGUUUAUGGCGAAAAGCUAAGCAAAUAGGAGUAGUAAAAUUAAAAUUGGGUAAAAUCCAUGUCAAAUUAUGUACAGUAUUGUCGCAUCUACCUCCAGACUUGUUGGAUGAAGGGUGGCUGUACGUGAUGUUAUUAUUAGACUGUUAGUGAUUCAAUCUGUGAUUAUGACAUAGUUAAAUUUCAUACUUUUUUGAAAUGUAAUUAUAACAUAAUAUAUUGCACGUUUUUUUUUCGUUACCUACCCAUUUUUCUUCUUAUCUGUACAAAUAAAUAAUUCGAAUACUUUAAUCUUUAAUAUGAGUCUAAAUCGGACCCAUGGAGUAUUGAAUCGAUUCGUCCCACGGUCUGAAUCGACACAUUCCAAUAUAUACCUUGGGCCAUUCGCACCGCUCCAACGACUGCGGUACUGAAGAACCCAUUCAAAAACGGCUCUUGGUCGAUUCGCACCACGGUGCGAAUCGCUUGUGGUGCGAAACGACUA